AUGCGGGCCAAAAUCCUGAUCCAGUCCGCCUGGCUCCGGAAACUCGACUGGGAUACUCCUCUUCCAUCGGCGGACGCACUAGCUUGGAGGACCAUGCUCUCGCAACUUCCGCACCUCAAUGAGAUCAGGAUAUCUCGCUGGCUCGGCAGCGACGAUCCUGAGUCACGCGUCGAACUUCACGGGUUCGCCGACGCAUCAGAGCGAGGAUACGCCGCCGUAGUGUACCUCCGCUCAUCCACUGAAAGGGGCACUACGCUUCACUUGUUGAACGCAAAGGGCAAGGUCGCCCCCCUGAAGCCCGUAUCGUUGCCGCGGCUCGAGCUGUGCGCGGCUGCCCUUCUGGCAAACCUCGUAUUUCACACGCGCACUUUGUUGAGUUUGUCCUCAGCUCCAGUCUUCCUCUGGUCAGACUCCAAGGUCACACUACACUGGAUCCACGGCUACGCGUCCCGCUGGAAGACCUACGUGGCCAACAGAGUGUCGCAAAUCCAGGAGCGACUACCCGAGGCGCAAUGGCGACACGUGCCGGGCAAGGACAACCCAGCUGACUGCGCCUCCCGAGGAGUCCUGCCCAGCGACCUGGUCGGUCAUCUCCUGUGGUGGACUGGACCAUCCUGGCUCCAAGAGGACGAAGCAAGGUGGCCAAGUGACGACGGCGCCCUGCCGGAUGCCGACUUGCCGGAGCAAAGAACCGUCGCCUCACUCGCGGCCGCCGUCGAGGUCAUCUCCGAACCAGACUUCCUGCUACGCUUCUCAUCACUGCACAGGCUCCUCAGGGUGACAGCGUGGUGCCUUCGAUGGCGGAGACCAGGAAUCCGGAGGACACGCGACAGCGCUCGCACCGCACUCUCGCUCGACCCUCACGAGAUCGAGGACGCUCUUCUCCGCUGGGUUCGCGUCGCUCAGACACUGCACUUCCACAGCGAGCUCACAGCACUGGGCAAGGGUCGUGCCUUGCCACCACGAAGCCCGCUCACACGGCUAAAUCCGUUCCUCGACGGCAGCGGCGUGAUGCGGGUCGGAGGGCGUCUCAAACACGCCAUCCUGUCCCACGACGAGCGGCAUCCCAUCGUCAUACCGCCGGGAUCCAAUCUGACUCGCCUGCUGGUGGAUUCCUGCCACCGACGGAGCCUACAUGGUGGAGUGCAGCUAACUCUUGGAUUACUUCGCCAACGCGUAUGGAUCCCACGAGGUCGAGCCGUCGUUAAACGGGCAAUCCACCGAUGCGUUGUCUGCACGCGAUGGAGAGCCGUCGCACCACAACCUCUGAUGGGCAACCUUCCGCGAGCACGGGUGACACCUGCACGCCCGUUUCUACACACCGGGGUCGACUACGCCGGCCCGAUCCUCAUCCGGACCAGCAGGGGCCGAGGCCACCGGGCAAGCAAGGGCUUCAUCUCAGUUUUUGUCUGCCUCAGCACCAAGGCAGUUCACCUGGAGGCGGUCACCGAUUAUACGGCCGAGGCGUUCCUGGCCGCCUUCCGCCGCUUCGUCUCCCGACGAGGCCUCUGCACUGAAGUCUUCUCCGAUUGCGGUACGAACUUCGUCGGAGCGGACCGGGAACUGAGGGAGAUGUUUCGCGCCUCAUCCUCCGACGGCCGUCGGAUAGCUCACGUAACAGCCUCCGACGGCGUGAGGUGGAGGUUCAACCCCCCGGCAGCACCACACUUCGGCGGGCUUUGGGAGGCGGCCGUCAAGUCCACGAAGCAUCAUCUCCGCAAAGUCAUCGGCGACGCCACCCUCACCUAUGAAGAAAUGGCGACCCUUCUCUCAGAGGUGGAGGCGUGCCUCAAUUCACGCCCUUUGCAGCCGCUGACAGACGACCCCGACGACUUGACGGCACUCACCCCGGGGCACUUCUUGAUCGGCGCUCCCCUCUUGGCCGUUCCAGAGCCGUCGCUCACCGCCGAGAAGGACACCGUGCUGUCUCGAUGGCAACUUCUGCAAAAGAUGCGCGACCACUUCUGGGAACGGUGGACGCGCGAGUAUCUCAACGCCUUGGCGACACUCCCAAAGUGGCUUAAAAACGAGACCGGCCCCAGCGUCGGCGACUUGUGCCUGCUCCGAUCCGAAACCACCCCCCCGACCAGGUGGCCACUUGCCCGCAUCACGGCACUGCAUCCCGGAGACGACGGGAUCACCCGCGUGGUCACCAUUCGCACGGCAUCUUCAGAACUGACCCGGCCACUCGCGAAGAUCAUCCUCCUGCCAGGAGCCGACACCAAGACAUCCUCAUCGCACUCGGAUUCGUGA